AUGGAAAACGAUGAUCGUGUUGAUGAAUAUUUGAAACGAAUAGAAGUCAAUCGCCCGAAAGAUGUAUCGGAUGAAGAAUAUCUGGCUCAAUUGCAUGUGGGCCAUUUAACACACAUACCAUUCGAAACGUUUGAUUUGAUCGACAUUAAACAAUUGAAUAUUGAACAAGAUCAAAUCUUUCGCAAACUCGUACAAGAAAAGCGUGGUGGAGUUUGUUGCGAAAUGAAUGGUCUCUUUGCGUUUAUUUUGCAGAAUUUUAACUAUAAAAUUGAACUCAUUCCAUGUGGAGUUUAUGCAACAGAGACAGAAAGUUAUUCUGAUCUUUAUACGCACAUUGCCAUGCGUAUCACAACGAAAAAUGGUACAAAGUAUCUAUGUGAUGUUGGUUUCUCAAUGGAUCCGCUUACACCAUUAUAUUUUCAAACGGAUUGUGUUCAAUAUGCUUUAAAUGGCUUUUAUCAAAUAAUCAAAUCCGAGGAUCAAUUGUAUUAUCAACUUAGAAAUGGUUGUCUGAAAAAUAAAAACGAUCAGUUUUCUCUCACAUCAUCUUCAUUGGAAACUUCAAUUGUUGAUAUCGAUCCGGAGCGUAUUGCAUGGCGUAUGAGUUAUCGAUUUCCGAUUGAUUUCGACCAGAAAACAUUGACAUUAGACGAUUACAAGUUCAAAUGUCCGUCCAUUGUUCAUUCGCCCGAUAUUAUACUCAAUCAUCAAUCGAUUUGUCAUAUACAUACGUACCAACCAACAGUUGGUGCUUAUAGUUUAAAUGGUAAAAAGUAUUCUGAAUGGAUUUUCGAAGAUGGACACGCGAUCCGUAAAAGUGCACCAUCAUCGAUUGAUGACAAGGAAGUAGAGAAACUGUUGCAAGAAAAAUUCAAUUUAAACAUUGAACGAAAAAUUGAACUUGUUGAUUCCUUAAUAUGA